CGUAACGUGUUUCCGUACAAUGUGUACGGAAGUCUUACUGCUACUUCAAUGGCUACUUCUCCUAGCUUUGCUGCUUGACAAUCUCACACUUUUACAUGAGCAAUAAGGCGCUAUUGUUAUCGGGUUUCAGGCAGCAACCCUGAGGGUUUUACAGUAUGACUCUAUAAUGAAUUUCCUUAAUAGAAAGCAGCGGAAACGUUGUCAAAUUCACGCUUGACCAAGAUUUCCAACGAGUCAGAGGAAGUCCAAAAUGAGUACUCAGGAUGUACUGAAGAAUGCAUCUACUCUAGCAUCGUACAAUGUGUUGCUACAGGUGAUGUUCCGUGUCCUCACCUUUUUGUUGAACGCUUUCACACUUCGGUUUGUGUCCAAGGAGCUGAUUGGUGUUGUCAAUGUCAGGCUUACACUGCUGUACUCCACAUUAGUGUUUUUAUCCAGAGAAGCUUUCCGGAGAGCCUGUCUUAGCGGGGUAUCUGGGACGAACCACAGCUGGAGACAAGUUAUCAACCUGCUAUGGCUGACGUUGCCUCUGGGUGUGUUAUGGGCAGCCCUGCUGGUCUGUGUGUGGCUGUGGCUCCUGGAGGUCCCAGACCCCCUGACUGUCCCUUACUAUGGCCCUGCUGUAGUGUUGUUUGCUUUGUCAGGAGUGCAGGAGCUCCUGGCUGAGCCCCUCUGGGUCCUGGCUCAAGCUCACAUGUUUGUCCGACUGAAGGUGGUCGCUGAGAGCUUAGCAAUGAUUGCCAAGUGCAGUAUGACAGUGGUGCUGGUGGUGUUCGCCUGUGAAUGGGGCCUUUACAUCUUCUCUGCUGCUCAUUUGGUGUACACAGGAUUCCUGGUGCUGUGCUACGCUGUUUACUUCAUUCGUUUCUUGGGCUCUCAAGAGGCAGCCAAGAAGGGUUUUCCUCUGCACCGUGUUGGCGAUCUCUUGCCCUGUAGAGCUGAUGGAGAGCCGCUGGUUGACUGGACUCUGGCCCGGCUCACAUGGAGCUUCUUCAAGCAGUCCUUCCUGAAGCAGAUCCUGACAGAGGGUGAGCGGUACGUCAUGACCUUCUUGAACGUCCUCAGCUUUGGAGACCAGGGAGUUUAUGAUAUUGUCAAUAAUCUGGGCUCCAUGGUGGCUCGCUUCAUCUUCUUGCCCAUCGAGGAAAGCUUCUAUAUCUUCUUUGCAAAAGUGCUGGAGCGAGGGCGUGAUGUCAAAAGUCAGAAACAGGAAGAUGUUGCCAUUGCAGCAGAGGUCCUAGAGUGUCUGCUGAAACUGGUGCUGGUGGUUGGUCUGAUUAUCUCAGUGUUUGGCUACGCCUACUCUUACUUGGCUCUGGACAUUUAUGGCGGCUCUCUACUUAGCAGUGGGGCAGGACCCACUUUGCUGCGAUGCUACAGCUGCUAUGUUCUCUUGCUUGCUGUAAAUGGUGUAACCGAGUGCUUUGUAUUUGCUGCCAUGAGCCAAAAAGAGGUUGACAGGUAUAACUUGGUGAUGCUGGCUCUGUCUUUGUCUUUCCUGUUCCUGUCCUACAUGCUGACGUGGUGGGCUGGUGGUGUGGGCUUCAUACUGGCAAACUGCCUUAACAUGGGCCUCCGCAUUUUGCACAGCCUGCUUUACAUACGCCGCUACUUCCAGUCCAGUCAAUGGAAACCUCUGCGAGGCCUGUUGCCCUCCCCACUCCUACUACUGGCACUUGCUGUCAGUGCCGUUGUCACAGCGCUGUCUGAGGGUGUGUUCUGCUGUGACAGCGGCUGGUUGCUAAGGCUGGUCCAUAUCGCCGUAGGAGCAGCAUGUCUGCUCGGUGUGUUUGUGGCUGUUCUUCUCACAGAGACUCAGCUUAUUCAGUUUGUGAGAACUCAGCUCAUGCCCCAAUACAGAAAGAAACACACUUGAAUUGUACUGGAAAUUGCCAUAUUGGACUGGAAGAAAGCUCUACUACAAAAAGUUCUAACAAGAGCUGCUGACUGACAGUUACUGUGUGAAAACGAGGGAACAACUUUUUUAAAUUAACCGUGUGUGUGUGUGUGUGUGUGUGUGUGUGUGUGUGUGUGUGUGUGUGUGUGUGUGUGUGUGUGUGUGUGUGUGUGUGUGUGUGUGUGUGUGUGUGUGUGUGUGUGUGUGUGUGUGUGGCUGAUGUGUUUUCACUGGAUCAUUCCUGUGUUGGCUCAUAUAAGUAUGAACAAACAUGUCAUGAUUGUUUUGGGAUCCGAUAAAGAAAUAAAUGUAUUUUUAAGAAACGGAUGAAUUUGUUACAGGACAAUAGAUUGUCCUACACAGUAAAGCAAGACUACUAAUUCA